GCCGCGGCCCGCGGGGAGGAGGGGGCUCCCCGUGCUCUACCUUCGGAGCCUCGGGGCAGGGGGGCCGCGGCUCGGGGCUGGCGGGCAGCGCUGGCGCGGGCGGAGCACAGCAGAAACUGGAGCCGAGGAGCCCUAAAGCGAAGGCAGGUGGCCCUGCUGGCGGAGCCGGGGCCGCCGUCUGCCCCUCGGUGCCUGCGGAGCGGGGCCGCCCGAGGUUCCUCUGGGCGCUCCGGCCCUUUCCCCGGCCGGGGUCGCGGCACCGCUCCCGGCCGCGACCCUCUGCACCGAGUGCGGACCCGUUCCCUCGGUGCCCGCCGCCCUCGGGGCCGCUCUCCGCGGAGGGCGUCGGUGCCGGGCAGCCCAGCAGCCCUCGGGAUGUGCGGCCGGGCUCCUCGGCUGCGGAAGGGUUAACGCUCCUCAGCAGCAGCGCGGGGAAGCCGCUCGUAUCCACCUACCCCUCAGCUGCUCUGUGUAAUUACUCAUGCAGUUAAAAAGAAAGUGCAAAGGAAGUGUUUCCCUCUGUUGCUCAUCUUCACCAUACCUCUCCCAUUCUGCUUCCUCCUCCUUCUGAUCCCUGAGUGAAGAUGAGUGACCUGCUGUGAAUAUGACAUCUCUGACAAGUGUCAUUGCCUCCCACCAGUCCGAGUGGGUGUCCUUCACUGAUGAGCUGCUCCUCCCUCUUCCCCCACGAGGGAGCACUGAGUCUCCUUCGGUGAAAUGUUUUAAUUCCUCCGACACAUCCUCAAAAGAGAACCACAAUGCAAAUGGAGAAUUUCAGGACCUUUUCUGCUCAGAGCUGGAAGAGGCAGCUGAGCAGCCCAAGGUGGAUUCUGCUGUGCUUGGUAACCAUGUGUGUCCCAGCACUGAUCUGUCAUCAUCCAUCAGUGGUUGGGUUCAGUUUGAAGAUGCACCGUGGACCAGUGCUUCAUCAACCCACCCACAAACAGUGUCUGCAUCAAAAGCACCCAGCUGGACUUCCCCCUCUUCCAACUCUUCUGAGAGGCAAGCCCAUGCCUCAGAGAGCAGCUGGACAACCAACUCAGAGGACACCAGCAGCCCAAGCAUUGCUCCCUCCUACACAGACCUGCAGUCGCUGAAUACUGAGGACUUGACCAGUGGUAGAACAUCUGCAGCAGAUUCAGCUGACAACUCCUCGUCUCUCCAGGAAGAUGAAGAGAUAGAUAUGGAGGCUGUCAACUGGCAGCUGAACAACACCUCCAUGAAUGGCCAUUCAUCUACCCCAACCACAGUUCGCUUUCCCAGCUGGGUGACUUUUGAUGACAAUGAAGUCAGUUUUGCACCACAGAGCCUUUCUCCCUUGAAAACAGAUACCCCACCUGCAGAAACACAGGCUCCAGAUGUUAACUUUAAUCUCACUACAUCUUUAAAGAAAAGAGAACGUCCUAAAAGCACAUUGGGAGACCUCUCCAAAAUUCAAAAACUAGAUCUCUCCUCUUUAACCAAGUUGCCUUCUGUUGAAACACCCCCAUGGAGUGCUACUAAUCCCUUUCUGGAUGAAUCUCUUCGAGAUGUCCAGCCCUCACCCAUCAAUCCAUUCAGCUCAUUCUUUGAGGAGCAAGAGAGGCGUUCCAAAAGCUCUUCUGUCUCCAGUGCUCCAGGCAAAAGCCAAAGAGACUCUCUCAUUAUUCUCCAUCAAGAGCCUGAUACUGUCAGUUUCCAUGAGGCAAACAAGACUGUAACCCACACAGAUGCUGUAGAGCAGCUCAAACAGCUCCAGAUUGGAGACCCAGAUGGUGUGAGCAGUCCUGCCUUGCCUGAUGAUGACCCCAUGAUGCCAUAUGAUCUGGAUGCAGCUUUAUUUAACCUGGCACCAGCUCAGCCAAAGGAUGGAUGGCCAAUGAUGCUGAGGAUCCCAGAGAAGAAGAACAUUAUGUCAUCCAGGCACUGGGGACCAAUAUAUGUCAAGCUGACUAACAGUGGAUGUAUACAGCUUUUUUAUGAGAAGGGACUAGAGAAGCCUUUUCGGGAGCUCAAACUUGAAAUCAAUCAUGAGAUUUCAGAGCGCAAGCUACAGAACUACGAUGAGAAUGGAAGGAUACACAGCGUGAGGUUGGAUCGCACAACAUACAAGGAGAAAAAAAAGUAUCAGCCUAAGCCAGCCAUUGCACACACUGCGGAGAGAGAGCAAAUUAUCAAGCUUGGGACUACAGAUUAUGAAGACUUCCUUAGCUUCAUCACUGCUGUGCAAGACACGCUGAUGAACUUGCCAGCUUCAUCAACAGACCUAAGCACGGUGGGACUGAAUUAUCAAGAAGAAGAAAUCACUGUGGAUGUUAGGGAUGAGUUUCAUGGCAUCUUGGCCAAGGGAGAUAGUGUGAUUCUCCAGCACAGUGUGCUGACUCAUAUCUAUGUCCUCAGCUUCCUUUCUGGCCUGGCAGAAUGCAGACUGGGCCUUAAUGAUAUCCUGAUCAAAGGGAAUGAAAUAGUUGCAAGGCAGGAUAUUAUGCCCACUACUACCACUAAGUGGAUUAAAUUAUACAGCUGCCGCUUCCAUUCGUGUGUGGAUGAGGAUAUGUUUAAUAACUCCCGUAUUAUCCUGUUCAACCCCUUGGAUGCCUGUCGGUUUGAACUGAUGAGAUUCAGGACUGUCUUUGCUGAGAAAACUUUGCCUUUUACUCUGAGGACAGCUGCCAGCAUCAAUGGUGCUGAGGUGGAGGUGCAGAGCUGGCUGAUGAUGUCCACAGGGUUCUCUUCCAACCAUGACCCUUUAACUCAGGUCCCUUGUGAAAACGUGAUGAUCCGCUACCCUGUGCCAAGUGAGUGGGUGAAGAACUUCCGCAGGGAGAGUGUCCUGGGGGAGAAAUCUUUGAAAGCCAAGGUGAACAAGGGAGCCACUUUUGGAUCAACCAGUCUGUCUGGUUCUGAGCCAGUAAUGAGAGUAACUUUGGGAACUGCCAAAUACGAGCAUGCCUUUAAUUCCAUCGUAUGGAGGAUAAACCGACUGCCUGACAAAAACUCAGCUUCUGGCCAUCCUCACUGCUUUUUCUGUCACCUAGAGCUUGGCUCUGACCGGGAAGUGCCUUCCAGUUUUGUCCGCUAUGUAGAUGUGGAAUUUGACAUGCCCACCACUUCUGCGUCCAAAGCCACUGUUCGGUCCAUCUCUGUCGAGGACAAGACCGAUGUGAGGAAGUGGGUCAACUAUUCAGCACACUACAGUUACAAGGUCGAAAUAGAGCAGAAAAAAAGCUUGAAUGAGGAUCUGAAGGGAGAAAGUACUGCAGAUGUCAAUGAAUGUGCUACACAGUAAAGAAAGAUCAGUCUGCAAGUCCCAAGAGGGGUGGUCAAAUUAACAGACCUGGAAGAAAGGACUUGCAGAGGUUGUGUAUUUUUCUUUUAAAAGAAUAGGGACUACUACUUUUAAAAUAAUGCUCUGAAGGGUAUAAUUUUUUCUGCUUCUGAAGAUCCUUACUUUGAGAAGAAUGUGUUCAGGGUUUGUUCGGAGGGGAUCCACAGACUUUUGCUGGAACAAGUACAGCUGUACAAUCAAGCCUGCCUUUUCUGCCUUUUCACUGUUUAGGUUCUGCACUCAAGUAUGGUCUGGCAACCAUCUCAGCCACACCAGAAAACAGCCUUUAUCUCACAAUCUCGCCCUCCCACGUUAAGUAUUUUGUUUCAAUGCCUUUUGGUUUGGCCUUUGACUGAAUUGCUUCCUUCUGAACUGCCAAAUAAAAUUCAGGGAGGAUCAAGUGAAAAAUUAUGUAAAAUCUCCUUUCUGAAAUGGUCCACAGAGUGAAAACCCUGAGCAUCAUUCUGAAGAAUCAACACACUCUGCAUCUUAAAGCAAGAGAAUGAUAUCUGUGUUGAAGUAGAUGAACUACAGUCAGGACAGCUGAUCACAGAGCUGUCCCUCUGUUCAGCCCUUCCUGUCUCAUCCCUUGAAUGACAUGUCACUGUGCACGUUUUCAUGGGGUUUGCACAAGUUACAAGAAAGCCUCUGCAAUUUCUUAACAUUUUUACUUUGUAGUCUGAGCCAUUCUGGUAUCUUGACUAAACAUGGUCAUGGCUGCUAGUAAUAGGGAAUGUGUGUUACAAUAGUGGAGAUACCAGAGGGACUUUGCUAAGAUUAGAUCAUUCCUGCCUAGAAAGAUAUUUAAGGGAAAAACAAGGUGGUUUAGUUUUGGGUUUGGGGGGUUUUUGUAUGUUUUCUUGGAUGGGUAAAAUGGGUGGUUAUUGAAAACGUCAGAACACAAUUACUUCAACAGAAAAUGUUGUUUGUUUUCCUGAAAAUCCUUGGAAGUCUGUCCAGCACAAUAUUUUCAUGUUCUAUCUUGAACCUACAGUAUAAGUAACUUGUAUCUUUAUAAUACUCCCAUUAACUGGGCCCCAAAAUCUCUUUCCAAAAAUUAGCAAGCUUCUAUCAUGGAGAUUUUUUAUCCCCACUUAGCUGAAAGUAAUAGCAAGUCUUAAAACCUCUUUCUAAAUAAAAGUGCAGAAGAUAUAAAUCACUCAUUUACACAUAUUUUCAGAGAAAACAGUGUUAAAAGUACCCAAUUUUAGUUAUUUCUAUGGCUUGUGUAAUAUUUUGUCUCAUAAUGUUAAAUGUAAAGUAAUUUAUUAAAUCAUUUAUCUUUUGAAAGGUUACUACUGACUAUAAAAUACACAUUUGGAAAACUUUGGCAAUGUAAUUUAAAAUCAUAAUGGAUUAAAAUGAAAGCUUUUUUAUAAUUUUUUUUCAUUUUGCUUUUAAUAUUAAAAAAUUAAUACACUCUUUAUUUAGUACUUUCACUGUGACUCUUUUAAAAUUUACUACAAUGUUAAAAUCACAAAUAAAUAAUGAAAUUAAUUUCAUUGAGUCUGAAACUGGAAGUGGUAGAAUUUAAAAUAAAUUGUAGGGAACUUUUAAAUGCCUUUUUUAUAUGCACCUACAUUUCAAGCCUGCAUCACCCUAGUGACACAUACUUAGACAGGUACACCACUGUAAAUAGGUAAAGUCUCAAUCCUUCUAGCACUUACUGACAAGCCUGUAAUACCCCACUGCAGGUAGCCCUUCUGGGCCCAGGAUGCUCCUUGGAGCACACCAGUUAAUACUAAGCAUGUGCAACAUCUCUCUGUAAAUGGAAGAAUGCUGUUAAGUUUAAUUAAGAAUUUUGAGAUCAAUGGAUUAAAAUUUAUGAUAUUAUUAAUGAUAACUUGUAUAGCUUGUGAAAUAUCUGGGAGCACAGGGUUGAAUUUGUGACUGAUUCUCAGCUCUGACACAGGCUGGCUGUGAUGAGUUUCAUGGCAGCUCCUCUACAAAAUUCACUCCUGUUCAAAGGCAGUCAAAGAAUUUCUGGAUGGUCUUCCUGCUUUCCAGUGCAGCUCCUAAUGUACAGUUUCUGAAAUCCCACCAUCAAGAAAAGAAAAGAAAACCCCAAGCUGAAGCAGUGCUGAGAUGUUACUGAGGAAAUGUGAGAAUGUUUUGUGAAAGAAUUGGAGAUUUUCUACUCUGACCUGCAGGCUCAGUGUCUGACUUUUUUGCCUAUUGCCGCUCAGCUCAUGGAAACACAAAUAAGUAAUACAAGAUAGCAAAGUUAUGUUGUACACCUUAAGAGGGGAGAAAAUAAAAGGAAUAUAAUUUUCCAUCACUGUUGAAUUGUUAAACUAUUCGGCCUCUAUCAUACUUGUGCCACAGAAUAUUCUAUGUUCCAGUAACUGAAAGAUAAACAUACUGGAGCUUUAUGGAUUUACUUAAUUUCUGUACCGCUUCAUCACUAAUUUUUUUUUUUUUUUCAAUUCAGAAUCAGUGAAUGAAAAACCUGACUCUCAUCUUUCUUGAGUAGUUGUACACAGAAGUAUUUCUUCCAGUCAUCAUAAUUUAUGCAGGCAAAACUGGAUAAGUGUUCUGGUUUAUAUGAAAGCUAUUUUAAUCCAUUCUCAUCCCUGGAGAGAUUUUUAGAUGUACCUGCUACUGAAUUUUCAAGAGUUCCCCAGCCAGAAUCUCAAAAGAUCUUAUUUCCUUAUCUCCUAAGGAAAAUCAAACUAAGUAGUUUGAUUUUUCAAAAGACUGCUAAUAACCAAAAUCUUUAAAAGGUCUAUUGUUGGUGUCACCAGGUGUCUCAACUGAAUUAUUUUUUCAGUCCAGCACCACUACAAGCAUUGAGAAUUUGAACACUGGGAUCCUAAGUGCCCUUACUGAGGUCUCCACUGUUUUUUUAUUGAUUAAAUAGUGCCAAUUUUUCAGUGUUACACACUGUCAUAUAUGUACUUUAUGUACAUAUACUCUUCACCCAUGUGAGUACAGUAGUAAUUUGAACAGACUUGAUUGGAAUGAAGGGAAAAGAACUGAGAAGUUUGUGAGUUUGAAAGUAGCAGAAAUUAUUUAGAUACAAGCAGUGCCUGUAGUGAGGAUUUUUUUUUUAAUCAUGUGGAAAAAUCUCUCCGACUAGUUUCAGAUUACUGCUUCUUUUGAGAAAGAUGCAGUCACUGCCCUUUGGUAUAUUUGAAAGCUUUGUAGUACUCAAAUACUCCAUGCAGGAAAUGUGCCUUCAAGGUAAGCAUACGUUUACUCCCUGAAGUAAUUCCCACUUUCAGUCCUCUUUCUAUUUCUCAUUAGGGUUUUAAUAUUUGUGGUAAGACUUGUGGUAUUGUAUGGAAUUUUGCCUAGAAACAUGAAAUGUCUUUGAUCACAAGGGGUAAAGACAAACAAUAUCUCCAGGCAGCUGAGCUUAUUUUAGUUAAUGUCUCUUACAUUUAUUAACUAUGGACACUCAGCUAGAAAAGGAAAAUGGGUGAAUUCAUCUGAGAAAUACUAAAACUGAUUGAUGUUAUUUUUGUUCUUUUAUUUAGAUUUAAAUUUAGUCAUCCUAUGAAGGAGUCAGAUACAGCAGUAUCACUGCAGAAAUAAUGUUCCUUCUCUGGUGGGUUGCUGGCUGACAGUUACUUGAUAGGAUGUCCAACACCUGUGCACAUUAUUUAGUAGCUGCUAAAACUCCCUCUUGAACAGUCACCUCCCAGGAUAGACAGGAAUUGCAUGUGAAAGAGCAUGAAAGCAAGUGGAAAAGGUGUAUGAAGUUCAGCCUGGAGGUGCUUGCUCUUUUGCUUGUAUAAAAUUCUCAGUCAUUUCCUUGGCCCUUCAGUGCACUAAUCAAGUCCUUGAUAGGUCACCUUUGUUCCAGAUGGUGAAAAAUUUAUUUCAGUGACUCUUAGCAAUUCGUGUGCAUAGCUGUAUUAAUCUCUAGAACUGACCACCACAAGAAUUUAAAGCACACAGAGAUCACUUAAUGGAUUAAAUAAUUACCCUCUUCUGCCACUAAAGUUAAAUCUACAUCAUGACAUGUCUAAGAUACAAAAUUUUGUGUGAUAACAUGCACAGCUCUUCCUAAUGUUCCUGUUUUGUUCAGUCGGCCAGCCACCCCUCACACAUUCAGCCAUCCAUCCUCCCAUCCGUCCUACCCUCCUUCCCUAUCUCUCUCUUUCAUACUUGCAAUUUAUUCUUUGCACUAUUGACACUGAUUGGUUUAAUUAUUAUUUUGUAACAUGUUCCUACCUUCUUAUUUUGUAAAAUAAGUAAGUCUGUACACUGGCUAACUUCGUAGAAGUGGUUUAUUUUUUUUCAUUAUAUCACUUGAAACGGGAUGUCAUGUUUUUGUUUAAACUACAUGAAAAUUUAAAUAAAUGUUAAGAUGAAAUAGCAUAUCCA